AUGGCCGUGGCCGUGGCCGUGCUCCCCCUCCGCUGCUGCUGCCCCGCCUCGCGCCGCCGCCUGACGUCGCCUCGCGCCGCCCCCCUCCGACGCCACUCCGUGCCGGCCUGCUCCGCCUCGCGCCCGCCAGCGCCGCCCCGCGCUGGCCCGCUCCGCGCUGGCACGCUCCGCCUCGUGCCGGCCAGGCCCGCCCCGCGCCGGCUGACGCCGCCUCGCCCUGUGCCGGCCAGCUCCCCCUCCUCCGCUGCCGCCCUGCCUCGCGCCGCCGCCCGACGCCUCCUCGCGCCGCCCCGCUCGUGGCGCCCCCUCCGAUGCCGCUCCGUGCCGGCCCGCUCCGCCUCGCGCCGGCCAGCGCCGCCCAACGCCGGCCCGCUCCGCCUCGCGCCGGCCCGCUCCGACGCCACCCCGCGCCUGCCGACGCCGCCUCGCCCCGCGCCAGCCAGCGCCGCCCCGUGCCGUCGCUGCUCCGACGCCGCCCCGUGCUGCCCCGCGCUGCCCAGUGCCGCCCCGCGCCGCCCCCCUUCGACACCCGGGGUACAAGGUACCGCCACACGCCAUGCGCCGUUGAAGCCAUGUGCUCCUCCCUCCUUUUAA